UUUCCAGGCAUCAUCGUAUAUUCGGUCAAGCAGAACCGCUCCUGGAAGAUCCGCCAUUCCCAAUCCAUGCACGCCGAUCCCAACGCCGUCUUCUUCAAAGUCAACGGCGUAGGAAUCAACGCACCCCUCAACCUCGCCAGCAUAGCCCUGGGCCCCAAACUAAGCACAAACGGAGACAGAGUCGUCAUCAACGAAGACAGAGAAGUAUUCUACACUCCCAUUUCAUCUCUGCACAUUUAUUCCAUCAACACCAGUGUCCUAAAGAACGACCAUUUCGCUAUGGAUGAUGGGGAGUAUCAGGGACAGGUAACAGAUCAUGGAUUGAAAGCAUCUCAAACUGUCGGUAUGGUAAUGGAUAAUGAAGGGGUCUUGUACUACAGCUUGCUAGGUAGUAACAGUAUAGCUAGGUGGGAUAUUCACACACCUUUCCAGACAGGACAGAAAAUUAUAGCUAAAGAUGAAAGGUACCUGGAAUGGCCCAAUUCCUUUGCUCUGGAUAAAGAAGGAAACCUUACUAUACUAGUCAACAGACUUGAGAGAUUCAUUUAUGAUAAACUUGAUUUAAAAGAACCAAACUUCAGAUUGAUUGCAUCAAACGUCGGAGGAAUGAACUACCUCUAUGACGAUUCAUAUUCAUACAACAACCAGGCAGAAUCAAGCAGCACGAGUAGUACGACAGAAUCUGAAGAACUGAAACCUAUCAACACAGGUUUAGAUCAAGACCCUUACUUAUCUCCUCAACCUGAACCUGAACCAAGUGCAAAUUCUGAAGAGGAACAUUCUUCUGAACCUUCACCAGAACCCGAACCAUCGGCAGAGCCUGAGCCUUCACCUGAACCAUCAGGUUCUGAAGCGUCAUCGUCAACUGCUCACUCCACUACUGUUUCAGAAAAUGGUUCUACCAGACCUCUGACUGCUUCUUCAGCUGAUAGAACGACAAGCGGUGUGAUCUUUGGUGUUGUUGCUACAAUAACGAUAUUUUAUGGACUUUAAAAGAGAGAGAGACUGUGUUGUGAUAAGGUAGUGACGUUUCUUUUGUUGUAGAAAGUAUUUGUAAAUAUGAAAUAUUCCUUUAAGUUUAAAGUAGUGAACUAGUUGUAACUCUUAUUAAUACCGUACCUAUCCUAUGUCUUGUUUAAUGUUUCUGACUACGAAAACAUCUCAAAUUUUGGGCGGAAAUAAUAGAUAAUAGUUUUACCAAAAAUUCAACACUUGCUCUAGUCAUUUAUGUUUUUAAAUGCAGAAUUGUUUAUCCGUCCGCUGUUUUAUAAAUAUAUACAUAUUGCUAUUAACCAUAAUUUUAAACAAAAUUGUAUAUUUUAAGCCUGUUGUACUUAUUAAAUAAUAAAU